UUCUUAACAUUCUAUUAUAGGCUACAAGAAACGAGAGCAAGUUACGGACUGCAGCUUCAGGACGCGAAGCAAAAAGCCUAUUUUAGAUCAGCAAAAACCUUAGGAAAGGCCAACAUUUGCUGGCAAAUAGGGAAAACUGGUCGCCAUGGCGGAGCUUCUGCGACUGCUGCUGCGCGUGUCCGAGAAGGCAGCGAACGUGGCGCGCGUCUGCAGGCGGGAGGCCCCGCUAUUUGAGCUCCUAAUCCAGGAGAAGACAGGGGACGACAAAAACAAGAAAUUUGUACAGGACUUCAAAACGCUGGCAGACGUUGUGAUACAAGAGAUGAUCAAACACGACGUCGUCGCGCAGUUCCCAGAGAUGAAGGGAUUUAUCCAUGGAGAGGAGUCGAACAAGUUUGAGAAUGGACUAGGGGAGAGCGUGACGGUGACGCUGUGCGGGACGGAGGAGGAGACAGCCGCUCUGCUGGCCACCGUGCUGGACGGCGACGCGGCCGCCGCCGCCCUCCUGGCCCGAGCCGUUCACCAGGACCUGCAGGUGGAGGACGAGGCCGCGCGGAGCCUGGAGCUGCCCCUCAACCCCAGCGACCUGGGCAUAUGGAUCGACCCCAUCGAUGCGACGAGUCAGUACAUCGAGGGUCGGGAGGACGAGGCCCCGCAGGGAGAGCUGUGCCCCUCGGGGCUGCCCUGUGCCCUGGUCCUGAUCGGGGCGUACCUGCGGGUCAGCGGGGAGCCCGUAAUCGGAGUCAUCAACCAGCCCUUUGCGCACAGGGACGCCUCAGGCCAAGGCUGGACGGGCCGGCAUUUCUGGGGGGUGUCCAUCAACGGGACCAUCAACGCCUCCUCCUUGCCGAGGCCUCCGGGCCGCUCCGCCGCCUCCGCGGACGGCGCCGGGGAGCUGAGGGCGGUGCUGAGCUCGGGCGAGAAGCAGGCGGUGAAGGACGCGCUGGGCCCGCUCUGCGGCGGCGGGCUGGCGUACGUCUCCGGCGCCGGCUACAAGAUCCUGUGCGUCAUCCUGGGCCUGGCGGACCUGUACGUCCUCUCGGAGGGCAGCACCUUCAAGUGGGACUCCUGCGCCCCCCACGCCAUACUGAGGGCCCUGGGGGGGGGCGUGGCCGACCUGGCCGAGUGCCUCAGGGGAGGGGCUCCCGCGGAACUGGCCUACCACCAGCCGAGGGCGGGGCGCAAGGGCGCGGAGCGCUGGGCCAACCACGGCGGGAUCGUGGCCUACCUGGACUCGACGGGGCUGGCGAGGGUGAUCGGGGCGCUUUCGGGCAAGAUCUGAAUCCUCAGGAUCCUCCAAGAUGAAGGAAUACCCUGAACUUAAACGCGUGAUCUCAGAGUGGGUCGGGUGGGUAGUGUUUUGUUUGCUGUUCUGUAGUAAUUAUUAUGAGUCUCUUCUCUUGUAUGGUGCAGUUGGAGGGGACGCGUGAGAGACUCAUACACAGCACUAGGAAGUGCAGCCUUCCUGUGUUCAGGCUGCCGCCAUUCAAAUUCUUUUUUUUAAUCCAAACUGCUUUGACUUUCAAAGCGAUCUAUGUAAAACUACAGGGAAGAUAGCCUGUGGGCAGCUUCUCUGUGUGAUGCCUGGUGUUCAGGGAACAGGUGUGCAGGCAGUAGCUUAUCUAAACUAAAGCAUGUUUCGGUGUACAAUACAAAUGCCAGGAUACAGAGGAAUAAAAGUAGGUUUGACUUCCUUCUAAAUUAUUUAUCUGGCUGAAGCUCCAUGUUUGGUGCUUUCAAAAUGGACAGUCUGUACUUUGAAUUAGGAACAUUUUAUUGUAACGGAAUUAUUACAAAAUUUGGUUGUGAUGUGAAAGCCAGAGUAGUGUCUCAUCCUCUUGUCAGAAUUGAGCCAAAAACAGAAGUAGAGUUAAUUAUCCAUUGGUAUUGCCAGUUAAGUAUGAUUUUGUCUAGACUUACCUACCUCCAUGGUGGGAUCAAGGGGUCUCUCCUAUCGCAGGUUAACAAUGAAUUAAUAAUAAUAACAUCAUCUGGGAGAUCAUCAAAACCUUGCAAUCAGGACAGCUCAACUUAUUAGAGCAAGAAGAUCAUUUGUAAACACGCUAGUGGUGAAGAAACUGUUUCUCAUUGGUUGGUUCUUCAUCAUGGGAUUUCUUAGACUAGUGUGAUGGAGCGCGAGUAGGAUGAGGAGGAAGGCCUUUUUCACUGGAGAAAGCCCCAGUGGUGUGCUGAUUGGCUGAGCUGGAUCAAGAACACUCCAGACUCAAUGCUAUUGGUCAGUGAUGUUGUCACCGUGGAGACCUUAACAUGUUUAAGAAUUGCCAGUAUUGGAUAGGGUGUUGAAGUUGAAAUCCACACCGUGGUCCAAUUUGAAGAGUGAUGGUGGCAGUUUUCUGUAACCUCAUGUUUUGAUAAACAUUAAAGCAAUCUUGCUGUGCUUGUACAGAGAUGUUCGCUGAUAUAAUCUAAGUCCAAUUAACUUUAGUAAACAUUCCAGCUACUUUCUUGAACUAAGUUGCACCAAUGCGUAAUUCAUUGUGUGGCUUGAUUCCUGUGCAUCAUGCAUCGAAGAGCACUGAGCGGUAUUUCAGUCUUUAUUUCUGUAAUGCCUCCCUACACGAGCCGGAAGCAGACUGUCCGGCUACCAGCUCUGAAUUUACUGCCUCAGUUAUUGUUAGUCGUAUUAAAUCAUUGACAGGGUUAUCACCUGUGCUCCUCUCUCCUGUUUAGCCAGGCUUUUGUUUUCAUUCCCAGGAAUUAAUUACGUCCAAAAAAGGAUACAAAAGGCCUGGCUAGCAAGGCUAACUGAUUGUAGACAGGAUGGGGAGGAGAGUACUGUCUUAACACUGCUUUUAUGUUUUAAUCUUUUAAUUCCUGGCAUGUUGUCAGGAUAGCUUAGUAUGUUCAUCAAGAUUGCUGACUACUCUGUGCUAAGUGGAAUAGUUGACCCGAGCACUUAAUGGAAAACGAGUUACUUUCCUGUCUCCUACAGCUCUCUUUGUGAAAAUAUACAUGGCAAGAGUGAACAGGAACCCUUGCUCAUCAAAAGUAUAUUCCCUUUUUAAAGCAGUGCAUUCCAAGCUCAUUGGUGUACUUUUUCCACACCAUAGGUUUACAGGUAAUUGGUGGUUGGAUCUGUGAUACAGAAGAGGUUUUCACACUGCAGUAAUGAUAGUUUUCAUUUUACAUAUUAUCCCCGCGCCUCUCAGAAGGCAACCCUGAAUCUCUGGUUAAAAAAAAAGUCAAGUUCCAUGUUGCUAUGGGAACCAUCAUUAAGACAGUAAUGUUUAUAUGACAGUGUAAUUGACAUCAUUUCAAAAGUAUAAUGAUAAUGAAUAAUAAAGAUUUGAAUUUUAAAUGCA